UUGACAGGCGCAAAAACUCAAAGACGCAUGAUCAAUUUUCUCUGUCCUUAUCCUUUAUAGAGAUUUACUAUUUUACUCGGCCAUAUAGCAAAUAUCGAUUAUAAAAUAGGCCACGGGUCUGUUAUCUCUCAAAAUGAGGUGUUCAGUUGAUAUUUGAUUUGGGAUAAAAUGUUGGGGAAGGCCGUGUUAUGUUUGACCUUACAUUUGUAUAGUGUCGUAGCGCAGAAUGAUUGCACGGACCUACGAGGGAGGUUGAUAAGCCACGGGUUGCACUACGUGCCAGGGCCGGACACCUGUACCCUAUGCGUGUGCGACAACGGAGGACCCAAGGCCUGCAAGGCCGUGCUGUGCUCGCCACCGCAGGAUUGUCGAUCAUUUCGCGUCGGCAACACCUGCUGCGAGUUCAUCUGUUUGGACGACGUGGUGAAGCCCGAUGGGUCGGAGAGCAACCUGCGUAUGGCGGCCGGCGGUGCGGUGGCCGUCGCACUCCUCACGGUCGCCCUCGUGGUGUACCGCGUGAGGAGGCAGAAAAGGCGGAGGCCACCGCAUGCUGAUGACCAGAGAAGCCUUACUAGCAUCGGAUACAUAAGUGGCAGCAUGGGCUACAUGGGCGGCACUUGCGAGACAGCGUUAGCGGGCUGGAAACCGCCCGGUAAUUACCUACCCCGCGGCGAGGCCCCGCCGCCCUAUGACGAGGCCAUCGCGCAGUGCUCCGAUGGCAUGAGAAUGAACACCGAAACGCCAUUCCAUCGGACCUACCCAACCAACCUCGAGGCCAUGGUCCGACCCGACGACGCCAUGCAAUGUACUGGACAUGGCUACAUCAAUAUACCGCGGCCUGUGCAACAGAUGCCGAACCCGCAAAACUGCUUCGCUGCGCCGCUCCUGCAACCGCAUCCAGAGCCUCGCGAGCCUGUUAUGCACCACCCGUUGGCACCCAACAUGGUCGGGUUCCCGAGUGCGAUCCGGCUGACGGGCUCCCUGGGCGCCAUCAGCCACCGCGGCCUCAGCGUGCUGGCGCGCGAGCCCGAGCCGGAGCGCCCCCACAACGUGCCCGGCUUCUACACGAGUCCUGCCAAUUCCUCGCUACACCGCACAAUUCCGCGAAUCUCCACCGCGAUCGACACGACUAUCCUCGACACGUCCAUAGCCGGCUUCAACCGCUGCGAUCGCUCGCUCCACAACGAGAUCCGACGUUCGUUCCACAAGCCCAGCGAGCGAACCAUGGCGGAUACAGGGCGGAGUAUGCCGAGGAAUCUCAACCUCGCUUCUAGCGGGGGGUCGAGAGCUCACAGCGAAGGGCACAACGUGGGUGGAAUCGAGCCGAAGCCCCUAAAGGCUGCAGGCAAACCGGCCGCGGACGUCGCUGGACCUCAAACCACACUGCCGCUCACGGUUGAUAAGCCGUCGUGCGUAUGCAGUUACUCGAGCGGCGCGCCGGACGGCGAACCGGACGGACCUGACGACUAUCGCAGCGAGUGCGAGAAUUGCAAGUCCGCUACCAGCUCCAGGUGGGUGCUAGACCCCUCAUGGCGCGACGAGGCGGACGAGGGCACGCAGACGCUACAGCGGCGCGCCCCGCCGCCCGCGCCGCCUCCACCCGCCACCGCCACGCUCCCGCAGCCGGUCACCAAGCAACGACCGACGGGAGGCCCGCAAUCAAACUGGGAGAACUGGUUUAACACCAUCCCCGACUCCGAUACUGAAUCCGAAGAAGAGUGAACGAUCUCCUCCCAACGUAGAUUUAACAGACCUUAAAUCCUUGCAAUAAGGUUCACGAAUUGUUAGAUAUCAGUGUGGACGAUUAUGUCUAAGUGUUACCGGUUAACUGAUGGAACGUUCCACGCGUUCGCGUAACUUUUCUCGAAUAAUGAACCUACUGUUGGCAGUAGGAGUGGCGCGACAAAAUCCCGCGCGCGAGAUAGAUUACCCGUCUUGUUCUAACUAUAUUAAUAAGAGGGGGACCGUCGCUCCUGUGAUGUCUACUGUAAACACAUAGUUACAAUUUCAAACUUCCAUGCAACGAAUGCUGGGCGUUCCGUGUCAAGUUCGAACCCAUUUCGUGAAAUAUCAACAUACUAAAUUAUUAACUUACUUAAAAGCAUGCAUCGGACUGGCUUGUGGUAACUGAAAACUAAUAAAACAAGCGAAACUCCCUUUAUAAUAAAAUUAGUUAAAAGGAGACUUUCGCACGAACUACAGUUGUAUGAGGAAAUAAGCCAAGGAUUUUGUCCGGCAUGGUGACAUAAAUAAUUCUGUCUCUGUAAGCCAUCCUAUAUCGUGCCAAGACCAGUAACCACAGUAAGUUUACUGAUCUGCGUGCUCUCUCUUAGGCCGGCCUUACACAGUCUGAAUCCGAAUCUGAAUUCAUAUUAUUAAUUCAAAAUGCACGGAAUUGCAUACAACUUAACUAUUACCCACACACAUUCACUUUUUCAGAUUAUGAAUUUCACAGAUUGAUCUGUCAGAAUGAUACUGACGUGCGUUAUGAAUUCAGAAUAUGAAAAUUCAGAUUAUGAAUUCCGGACGCACCUCUUAAUAUACAAUUAGUACGUAUGAGUACACACAUGCUGGAUUCAGAUAAUGAAUUUGCCAUUGAAAUUCAUGGGAGAGAGUGAGACAGACGUUGGUGAGACAACUGAUCAAUCUGAAUAUUUAAGACAUGUGUGAGGCAAGGCACCGGAAUUCAGACUAUGAAGUCAGAUUCGGAUGCAGACUGUGUAAGGCCAGCCUUACUCCUUUUCUUGGCGUAAAAAGCAACACUGCAAUUUAACAAAAUAUCCCACACCAAUUUGGGAUCUGUGUGCAACUGCAGUGUACCUUCGCCUUUUAGAUCUACAAAGAAGGUCAAUAACGAUGAAUAUAGGUCACAUUUUAGAGAUUGCUAUAAAAACCACCCAUUUUCAUUGCUCUUGAAUGUAUAUGCGCUAAAUACCGUCGCAGUGCGAUAUUUUUAAAACCUAAGUCUAUUUCGAAGUAUGAGAAUCAAUAACCUUUUAAUCCGAGUCUUAUACUGUCAGAAUAAGUAAAAAUAUGGAUUUGUUUCUACUAUUUUGAUAGUAUUUAAGAUAUUUUCAAACAGAUAGUCUUAGGGGUUAGCAGUAGCCACGCGACGGCAUAUCCAGAUCCAGAGAGUAUAUAGCAAAUAAAGUUAAGUAAAGACUACUUUAAAACUGCCGAUCAGAAUAUUAUAAUUAUUUUUGAUGUUUAGAUAAUACUAGUUAAACUAGUAAUCAGUGUAUUUUCAUUCUUGUUUUUAUUAAUUACCUAUUUUUGUGUUUUUUAAGGCACUAUUUAGUACUAUCGAGCGCUAUUGAGGGGUAAAAUCAGCGUGUAAAUAGGGCAAUAAAAUUAACCUUUCAUAUGUGUGUGGUGGUCAAAAACCGUGGGAUCAAACCAUCGUAUAGAGCAGAAAAAAACAUUACCGAAAACAAAUUCAAAAGAUGAUUAAUUGAUUAUAAAUCCGGACAGGAUCCUUAUCCAUUCACAGACAGGAGGUUCAAAUGAAAAGAGACAGCGAGAGCGAGCGAGUUUCUACAUGCACGUUGAUUUUAACUUGACCCUACAAUAGCCACAUUUCGCACGUUUCGUUAGCUGUCUAAAGAAACGUAUCAGUUUAACAGUACGGUUAAGUUCGAGUAGGUACGUUCGCGUUAAAUAUACUUAAGCUGGCCAUACACACUAGGGUAUGCCUGCGCAGUUUUUCCUGUACAGUUCAACUGCACGGGUAAAGGUGGUUAGGAAACUGCACAGUCGAAUGCCACUUGCUCGAAUGCACUUUUUACCUGUGCAGUUGGCAAAACUGCGCAGGCAUACCCUAGUGUGUAUGGCCUGCUUUAAAGUGGUUUUCUAAAUCAUUGUUAAAAAUUAUGUCGCAUAAUUUCAUUUUGCCGAAUGGCCACAUGUCAACUCAACACAACAACCUAUAUGGUUUCCUAACCUAACCGUUACCAACGAGGUUUUGGUAGCAAAGCAAAUUCGAUGGAAAAAGGUCGGUUCAUGAAUACAAUACCACAAGCACUAUGUUGUGGGUCUUUAUAUAACUGUAAUUUUAUUUACGUAGUAUUAAAUUAUCGCGAGCGUACCUGAAAUAUAUUAUAAAUAAUUAUAAUACACAUAAUAUUUAAUAGUAUAUUAGAUACCGAUUAGUGUAGAUACCGUAUAGAACUAAUUUAUUAUGUUGAUUAAAGGCUAAAUGAUCUUUAUUUUUCUACAUUCCGAUUUCAUUCUUAAUCAUCACAAAGAACUAGUAACGUAAUGAUUUAUACACCGUUAUUUUUUUAUAUUUUUGUAUUUCUCUUAUUCAUACAGCUUAUUAAAUGGCAGCUAUGAAUGAAAUUAUCAUUUUUAUAUCAUAGAUAUAUGUAUUUUAUAGCUUUAAGUUGUUAAUGUUAUCUAAUAUAUUGUACCAAAGAUUCUUUUUUUACUUGGAUUUCCAUUGUGUUAUGUUCGUCAAACUAAUAUUAAUGUAAUUUUAGGUUAUACAUAAUAUAAGAAAUUACUAUUUGUUAAUGUAAAUUUAAUGUUACUAGUGGCUAUAAACUGGUGUUACUCCCACUGUUCAAAAUACUUUUAUCAAAAUAUGAAAUAAUUGGUGUAGAUUAUCCUGUUCAGAAUAUACAGCCAUGGUCAUAAAUGUGAUUUGAGGGGGAUGCGUGUGCUUAAAUGUGAUUUAUUUGAGGUAAUAAUGUGUACAUUAUUAUGACCGUGACUGUGCGAAUGAUCUAUAGAUCGAUAAUAAAAUUUAAUAAACAUUCGAAAUUUAAGAUUGAAUGGUGCCAAAUUGGAAACGAAAUGCAAGGAAUAUGGGGCAACCCCACGGACUCUUACGAAUAUAUUAUAUUGUUAUUAUAAAAUUGAUCAGUAUUAUAUUAAAAUUUACGCAAUAUUCUCAAAUAUUGGAAUUAUAUUAUAUAUUCUUUAUUCGAAUAAGCACACGACAAAACAUUCGUUGAUUGUAUACUCACAACAUUAUGCGAAUAACUGCUUUAUUGAUGAUAUUUAGUUUUUAUUAAGCCAAAUAUACAGCAAAAUAUAUUUUCAUUAAGUAUUUUUGAAAAUGAAAGAGUUCAGUGUAUUAAAAAAAUUGUAUAUGGUUGAAAAGUACAUUCAGAGAGAUCACUUUUGCUAGACUAGUACUAUCGAGUAUCUUGGGCUCAAAUAAGACAUUUUAUCCACAUAUCAUAAAGUAAACCCUCUAUGAUGCGUUCAAAAACGGCAAAUUACGGCCAGUAUAAAAAAAAAUGUUUUUUUACAACAAAUUUCUUAUCUGUUAUGUUAUUAAUGUGCAAAAAUAACGUCGAUAUCGAUUUAAUAAUGACAUUCAAAUUUCGAAUAUCUGAAAAACAAAGGAAUUUGAUUUGACCGCAUUUCUAAUAUCAGUUUUAUUUAUUGAGUGUGUGAUCGACUUCCGCAAUGGUGAUGAUAUCACUAACACGUCAUAGAGAGCUUAUCAUAUGUGUGUAGAUGAAGGGGUGUAUGUAACUCUACAUAAUUAGGCAUUAAACACUCGUGUGAUGUGAUAAACCCACACACCCUCACUCGUAUUUUAAUGCCUUUCAUUAUUUAGCAGUCACAUAAACUACUAGUAAUAGACAGUAAUUUAAUUACCACAAUAGCAUUUGAAGAUUGUAGCGGGUAGAUAGGACUCUAUGUAAAGCGGAAAUUGUUAGAUAUUAUCUAUAUCUAUUUUUAUCUGAAUAAUAGAAAAGACAGAUAUCAUGAAAAUAUAAUACAGUUACUUUAUCUUAACUGUUGAAAAGUAUUACAUAAUAUAUUUUUUUGUAUUAUUGUUGUUCUAUGUUGAGUUAGAUUAUUUUUUUAUUGACUUGUUAUUUGAUAACUUGAAUUCUGCAUUGUAAAUGCAUCAUAAUGUGCUAAGUUUUAUAAUUGAAGUUAGGUAGAGCCUAUACUUUGACGUGUAUUUAUUUUAGGGACCGGAAAACCCCUUCGUUUGAUAUACUUUUCUUUAACCCAAUUAAAUGGUUACCCAGAUAAUAUGGUUACCGUAUCAUUGUGUUAGCCUAUCGAUAUGGAAACGGUUUUGAAUAUGGUUUAACUUUUAAUGUCGUUUCCGUUUUGAAUAAGGUGUAGUGUAGAUAGCUUGAAUAUUUACUAUUACCGUUUAAUAGUAACCCUUCGCCCAUCUCUUUUUCGCGCAAUGGCUUGGCCACAGAGAUUAAAAAUAUUAAAAUAACUUGAUGGCAUUCUAAAAAUAAUUGGUAGGAAAACCUUUUUAAGGGUUUGAUAUGGUAAGCACAUACCCAAAAUUAACCCUAUUUAUUUGGUUACACUUUCGUUCGCGUAAGUUUACGAUAUGGUUGAUCAAGUACGCUAUUCCAAUACCCCUUUAUUGGUAACCGGUUCCGGCCCCUGAUUGUUAUUUGUGUUUUCUUAGUUCAAAUACUUCCAUUUACAAAGUAUCUAAUGAUGAUAGCUGUGUCAAAUAUUUCAUUUUUGUCGUUACUAAUUCUAAGGUGAAGAGUUUAUUAUUAAAAUAAGAUAUCUGUACUAUUACAAUAAUAAAUACGCAUUUCCUGUUACAGUACUGAUUAAGUUGUACACUUGUACAGUCUACGUCAACGAUAUGUUUACACUUUUCGCCUUAUUACAAAGAAGUAGGGUGCAAAAGUGUAAACAUAUAUCUAAAACGUCGACUCUACCAUGAAUACAGGUUUUUGUGACGCACUCAAGAAAAAGGCACCUUGCCGUAGCAGGCAUUUACUUCACUAAAGAUGCUUUUCUAUACCUACCAAAACAACUAUUUGCAAGGUUACCUUUUCUGUGAGAAUGUCAUUUUUUCUGCUUUUUUAGGCAGUACUCAAAAUAUGGUUUAACUAUAUGUUGGGGUAAAAAAUGAAAAACUAAUUUAUUAAGUUUUAUCGUUUAUUAAUUCCAUAGGACAGUUAGUCCACCGUUUACAAAGCUUAAAGGUGUACAGCAACUUGUGAUGUAGACAUGAUCAGUAUUAUAGAUAUACCGAACCAAACGUUGUCUUGAAUUAAAAAGAGUUGAUGGA